UAAAACAUAAUAGACAUCUAAUAAUAUAAUGCACAUCUAAUUAUAUGUGUCAUUAAUUUCCCUCAUAUACUUGAUUCUACAUGCCGGAGUAUGAAUGACUGGCAGGCAGAGAAAGAUUUCCAUAGAAGUUUGGCACAAUGUUCCAAUGGCGGACCACAAACCACUUAGGAAUCUGAAAGAGCAGACCAGGCUGAAAUCCAGUGCCCAAUGGGAUAAAACAAUAUUAAUGGAUAAAAGGAUUGAUUCUCGUUUAAUGACGAAUCCUAUUCCCCCCUCCCUCCUUCCCUACAAAUCUCUCUGGUCCAUGGUUUGCUGACCCGUAUCGCAGGGUGCUCAUUCCAUCAACCAGGUUCCGCCAUUUAAACUAAGCAUCUCCCAUCAAUCGCAGGCAUCUCUUGUGCUCAGAGGUCUUGAAACAAUGGGCAUCUUCCCAUUGUCUCAAUGCCGGCAAAUUUUUGGGUGGUUUUUCUUUUCUAAAAUGACAAUUGGCUUAAGGUAUUAAUAUAAAAAGUAGGUGGCUGCAUCUAAUGAUUUUUUCCUCCGAGUAAUCUGAACCAUCUGCCUCUGGAUACUAAGGAGUUCACUGCGCUAAUCCAGAUUAUGGCUGACAAACUGUUUUCGGCGUAGAGUUUUCUGUAGCUCCGUGCCCUUCAAGAUCUGUGCACAAGGCUGUAGAAAUUCGAUUUGCCGUAUAGUUUACUCUUUUUCCUUUCGAGGUCGCGUCUCUCUGCUCUUGGCUGGUUUUUCAAAUUUCGGAAGGGAGCCGUUUUUGGGGCGAAAGCAAAGAAGAACAUGGCUUUCCUAAUGAAAAGCAUGUUGAGCAACCAAGUGAAAAAUUUGGGACUUGGUGGAGGGGGUGACGAAGCCAAGGAAGAGUCAGCCCCCGCUGACCCAGCUGCAGCCGCAGGGAUGACGCGGGAAGAAUAUGAGGAAUAUCAGAAGCAAGUGAUAGAAGAAAAGAUGGAAAGAGAUGCAGCCUUUGCAACAAAAAAGGCCGAGAGAGCCGUCCUGAGGGUCCAUUUGCGAGAGAAGUACAGACUCCCUAAGAGCGAAUUAGAUGAGAAUCAGAUCCAGAUGGCUGGGGACGACGUGGGCUUGCCGGAAGACCUCCAGAAAAUGGUGGCAGAAGAUCAAGUAGAGGAAGAAGACAAGGAUUCUAUACUCGGGCAACUUCAGAACAUCCAGAACAUGGACAUGGAUCAAAUCAAAGAAAAGGCCCAGGCCACCUUCACUGAUAUUAAACAGGCAGCUGGGGAGAAGUGUUCUGUAAUGUAAAUAGAGACAUUUGCAAGAUCUGUAUACAAAUACCCCAUAGAAAUGGAAGGCUGUGGCUGUGGCUGCUACUCAUUCUCUACCCCUCCACGAGGAAAGAUGUGUGUAUGUGUCCCCCCAAAAAAGAAAAAAAUCUGGUAAAUAAUAAGGGUGUGUGCUGACGUAUGAUGGUGGAGGCAGAAGGACCCCAACGUUGCAGGUAAAUAUCCAAACCUAAAGCAGCAAUUGCAAAUACACUUGCUCACAUAGGUCCUUGCCAACGCCCAUCAUGGUGUCAGGUUCUGAAUUACGUGGCAAGAGUCACUUGCGAAUGGGAGUAUUCUCAAUUAUUUUGCUUUGCAGGAUUGAAGAGAAGUGCAGUAGUUCACACCUUGGGUUAUUAGAACAGACUUUCCUAGAUAAAAAAAAUAUUAGAGUUGGGGUGUUUCUAUUCUACACAAGGACUUUGCUGAGCGGAAGAUAUUCCUAUUAUAUUCCAGUGGGGGCAGUGAUGUCAUAGAGUAGGGUUGCCAUUCCAUCUGCCCCAUCCCAGCAUGCACCAUGUGGGUACACCAUAGAGACAGGAAAAGGAAAAGAGUGAUCCUCACAUGCACACUCCUUGGCUCUGCUUGCAAAGCAAGUCUUUGUACAGAGAGCAGGCGUCCAUAGAGAUCGGGAAAAGUAAAGUGUGAUACUCGCGCACACACUUCCUGGUUCUAUUUGCAAAAACCCAGACAUUUUGCCGAUUUUUAAAAAAAGUCUCCCUGGAUGGUGAUUUUGCCCUUGGAAUCCCAGACAUGUCUGGGGAAAACCGGACAUAUGGCAACCUUAUAGUAGAGUAAAAGCAGAAUAUGUUUAAGAUAAAACCUACUUACAACUUCCAAACCUCCUCUCACCCUAUUUAUAAUGUAGAUUUUAUAUUUGCUUGAAAGCAGAGAACCUUUCUUUAAAAAAGAAAAGAAAAAAGUCUCCAGUGUUGUUGUUUUUCAGAACAUUACCUCUUUUAUCACUGCCACUUUAAUACAGGACAUAUUAUUUAACCACUCAGAAUGCAUCAAAUCACAGAACUACUAAAGGUUUUUCUGACACCUACAACUUUCAGCCAAAUGACUAUAACUUCGCUAAGGUUUAUUAUGGGGCUGCUAUCUUUUUCUUCCCCCCCCCCUGUGCUUUUAAGAGCAGCCCAAUGCAGAGAAGGUUUUCUCAUCUAUUACUCUUAAUAAUAAAAAAAGUUUAAGCCCUAACGGAGCUGCUGUAUUGCUGAAUGAGCUCUCCAACUUUGGAGUUCCCCCAGAUAUUGAGGUUUCCACUUCUUGCAUGAAUGUUUACACGUACCCAGAAGGCUUAAUAGAAUUAUGUCAGGUGUUAGCAUACAAAAUGAAAUAUUAAAGCCGCAUCCAAAUUUCCAGGAGCGCUUUCUGAAUAGUGAUUGGCCCAAGACCAUACAGGGAAAUUUGCAGCUGAGUGGAGAUUUGAACUUGGCUCCGCCUCCAUAAUCCAGCACUCUAACCUAGCCUUCCACAAUCUAGUUUGUUUUGAACUACAACUCCCAUCAGCCCCAGCAAGCAUGGCCAUUGCAGUCCAAAGCAACAAGAUGGCACUAGGCUGGGGGAAGGCUGAUCUAACCACUGGAUUCACACUGCCUCUCAAUAAAUGGCAUGGCCAGACUAAUACGUAUUUUUGUUCACAUUACUUGCACUGGAAAAUUCAGGGAAGUUCAAAUUCCAAAGAAUGCCUUGCUUUGGUUGUGCAUAUCGUUUUGGAAAAUGCAAAUUAGGAAUGUCGCAUUUAAAUGUGAACUGAGCCGAAUCUCUCCCCCAUUCCCAGCCACCUCUUCCUUCUAAUACCUUUCCUCAGAUUUUUGACUUAGUUUUGCUGGCUGCACCAGUAUUAAGAGUGUGGGGGCAGGGUAACUCCCAGCUGAAAGCAGCCUCUGUAUGGGCAAAAAGCUCUGUGGCUCUUUUUCAUAUUGCAACUCCAGGCACAGAGAUUACUUGUUUCUAAGUACAGGGAAAAUAUACUUCUACAUUCGACCCAUGUGCAGAUUUUCCAUACUGUAUCUCUUAUGCCAGAAUAAUAUUUCUGAUGUUCCUUAUACUGGGUAUG